CGCUGUGAUAGAAAAGACUAGCAACAAGACAUGAAGUGUGUAAAAUCUACCAAAACAGUGUGCGUUGGGCAUGUUAUUGAGCUGAAUCGAGCAAAAUUGGAACGAAAUUGAGCAGAAUCAAGUUGAUUGUUAAGUAAUACUGUAGAAAAUAUUCACACAUACUCCUCAAUAUGAGUUCUGGAUUUGUGACUGAGUCUGAGGCUGUGGAUAUCAGGAAAAAGAGGCAGGAAGAAUGGGAGAAAGUCCGGACUGCUGCUGAUCCAAUUGAACGGCCGGAAGAACCUUAUGACAAUCGUAGUUUGUUUGAUAGACUACAGGAACAGAAACAAAAGAAAGAUCUGGAGUAUGAAGAAGCUCACAAACUCAAAAACAUGAUAAAGGGUCUGGAUGAUGAUGAAAUCGACUUCUUAGACCUUGUGGACCGAACGAAACUUGCCGCUGAUCGCAUCAAAACCCAGGAGGAGGAAAAGGAGCUUAAUGAUUAUCGCAACCGCGUUGCUACACUUCAGGAAAAGGAACUAGAUCAAAAGUUGGCCACUGGUGCAUCCCUCGCCAAACCAAAAGUCGCGCAGGCACCAAAACGCUCACAACUAACUCUACUGCAAGGCGCAGUUGUGAAAAAAUCACCUAACGAGAAGAAACGCAAACUAGAUGAUAAUGAUUCAGUGGAUCCCCAAGGACAAAAUGGAUGCGUCAAUCAGAAGGAAACGCAUCAAUCUACAGCAGAGGCAGCGCAGUGCGCUAAUGUGAUCACCAUUCCCAAGACUAGGGUGAAUACCGGCCUGAAGUGUGUUGGCAUCCUGCCAGGACUGGGACACUACGACAACUCCAGUACGGACACGUCCGAUUCGGAUUCGGAACCCGAGGACAACUGUUGUAAAGUAAAAAGGGACUUGCUCGGGCGGGCGAUUGUUACGAAGGAAGAGAAUGAUUAGUUUUCAAACUCCUAUAACUCAAAUAAUAAUAGUUCUAUAAGUUAAGCGCAAAAAAUGAUAUUACAAGUUGCAGCAAACUGUUGUAAUGUUUGUUAUGCGAAGUUUCUUAUUGAUGAAUAGGCGAAUAGUCAAGACUAUAAUUUACAAUUAAAAUCUUGUAUAUUGCAUUUGCAUGGAUUAUUUAAUGUAUAUUUAUUUAUUCAUUUGUUUGACUUAGAUAUACAGUUAAAAUAAUUGUAUCAUAGAGCUGUUCCAGUCACGUGAGAUAAAACAACGGAAAACAAAGCAGUUUAUCAGAUUAUCUCACGUUACAUGGAAAAACUGAUAAACAAAAUGAAUAACGUGUUCCAUAUAGGCGUUAGUAACUGUUUGCCUUAUAAAAAAUGAGAAACGAAGUAAAAACCGUCGUCAAAAAGUGUAACUCUAAGCCACAUAGUUUUAAUCAAAGUGAAAUGAUACCUUUUUGAAGUUGUAUUCAUUGUAAAAUGUUCGAAUGCAACUAUUGAAUAGUCAAUAAAAUAGGUCAAGACAUA